AUGGCAUCAAGUGACAAAGAACCAGGGUCAACACCAUUAGGAGGAGGAGGAGAAGGAGAAGGACCAACUCCUCCAGGACAACUAACAACGAUGGGUUCAAAGCUUCUGGACAAGGGUGCCAAGAUGCUUCAAUCUAUGAAACCAGUGAAGCAGGUGCAGCAACAUGCUUGCAGCUUUGCACUCUACGCUCAUGACCACACUCGCCAGAUUGAAACCCACCUCUACAUCUCUCGUCUUAACCAGGACUUUCUCCAGUGCCCCAUCUACGACUCCGACGAUCCCCUUGCUCGUCUCAUCGGGGUGGAGUACAUAGUGGCUGAAAAUAUCUUUGAGACCUUGCCACCUGAAGAGCAGAAGCUAUGGCACUCUCACGCCUACGAGAUCAAGUCCGGGCUAUGGGUACACCCAAGAGUGGCAGAGAUGAUUGUCAAACCAGAGCUUAAGUGGUUAGCCAAAACAUAUGGGAAGUUCUGGUGCACCUGGCAAGUGGACAGAGGAGACCGGGUUCCACUUGGCACACCAGCGCUAAUGAUGUCCCCACAGGGAAUCAACGCCGGCCAAGUACGACCGGAUUUGUUGAAGAGCCGUGAUGAUAAGUACAAGAUGUACUCUAGUGAAGAGCUAAAAGAAUCAAGGUUGGAGAUUGAGGAACCAGAAUGGCUGAAUCCAAAUGCAGAUUAUUGGAAACAGCAUGGCAAGGGUUUUGCUCUGGAUGUUUUGGAGAUGGACAUGAAAUGCAUGAGAGUGAACCUCCUGCCACCAGUGCCAGAAUCCCUUUGA